GCAGGCUGCCAUGGCCAGCCAGUCUCAGGGGAUUCACCAGCUCCUACAGGCUGAGAAAAGGGCUAAGGACAAAUUAGAGGAAGCCAAGAAGAGAAAAGUGAAACGAUUGAAGCAAGCAAAGGAAGAAGCAAUGGCAGAAAUCGACCAAUACAGAAUGCAGAAAGAUAAGGAGUUUCGACUGAAACAAUCUAAGAUAAUGGGUUCUCAGAGUAACCUCUCAGAAGAAAUAGAAGAACAAACCCUAGGGAAGAUAAAAGAACUGAAUGGAAGCUACAACAAGUACAUGGAAAGUGUGAUGAAACAGCUUUUGAAUGUUGUCUGUGAUGUGAAACCAGAAAUCCAUGUGAACUACAGAGCUACCAACUAAAUGUGCAACCUGCUAUUCAAUAAAUGGUGUAUGCAUGUCACCUG